GUCGAAUAUAAACAAAUCGGAAGAUAAAUUUUUGUGUUUAUGUUUUUAUGUAAAACAAAAAGAAGCUAAGAAAUUACUGUGUAUUACGCUGAGGAGAGAAAUAAAUACAACAUGUUCAUUUCAAGCUUUGACAUGAAACAAAUUGAAAAUGAAGCUGCACUUACAGCAGCUAAGCAUGUGGCUAACAUGUUACAAAGACCAGAUCAGUUAGAAAAUAUAGAUAAAUACAUCAAUCGAGAACUGCGUAAAAAAGCUGCUGUAGAUGGAGUGCUUAAAACUGCUAUGCAAACUCAGUUAGAUGGUGUGCAAACUGGAUUGAAGCAACUAGAGGCUGCAUUGACUGAAAUCAAAGAAAUUAAUACAGAUGUCGAAGAAAUUCAAGACGCUUUAAAGCUGGUUCCAAACUUGGUGGAAAGUAUGUAUGCUCUUAAAAUUGAAAGCAAGGAACAUAGUCAGUGUUCUGCUGCAUUAGAAAAUUUGGAACAUAUAUUGAACAUUCCGAAGAGUGUGAAAGAUGCUUUAGACCUUAUAAAUGAAGGAAAAUUAUUAGCAGCUCAUCAGUGUUUAGCUAUUUUGGAGCAUUCCAGGGAUGAUCUCUUGUUUGAAAUGCAUAAGCUGGCAAAUCAAAGUCCUACGGAUCAAAAUAUGUUGAAACAUUAUUUUUCGGAUGUGGAAAAAUUAUCAGAAGAAGUUAGUAAGCAACUUUGGUUAAUUUUGUGCCGAACUCUCAACUCGGUCAGGAAGGAGCCAAAAAUCAUUGUAAGUGCUUUGCGAAUAAUCGAACGGGAAGAAAGUGAAGAUGCUAAUGCUAUAUCAUGGCAUAAAAGAACGGGUUACAUGCCAAUAGGUAGACCUAAGGAAUGGAGGAAAAAAGCAUUUGAAGUUUUGAAUAAGUCUGUUGCAGAAAGAAUCGAAGGAAAUCAAUUUGAAGAUAGGUCUGGAAAUAAAAUGUGGUUGGUAACACAUUUAGAGAUUACAAGACAAAUUGUUGUAGAAGACCUAAGAGUUGUCAAAAGUGCUUGCAUCCCCUGCUUUCCUCCAAAGUAUCAAAUAUUUGAUGAAUAUGUUAAAAUGUACCAUGACUGUCUUUCAAAGCAUUUGGAAGAUCUCAUUGGCAAUAAACUUGAGGAUAAUGAAUACAUCACACUCUUGACUUGGAUCAGUGCUUAUGGAACUGAUGAAAUGCUUGGACAUCCAGAUCUUAAUAUUGAUAUUUCAAAGUUACCUCCUUUGCUCGAAAACAAUGUUAUAUCAAGCUUGGUCAAUCAAUACUUAUAUAAUGUUAAAAGAAAUUACCGAGAUUGGAUGAAGAAUGCUCUUUCUACUGAUUUUAAAGAUUGGCAGCAAGAGCAAGGACCUGAUGAAGAUGAAAAUGGUUAUUUCCACACUCAACUUCCAUUAAUAAUGUAUAAUAUGUUAGAGCAACAUUUGCAAGUUGCUCAGACUGUGAACAAAGAUUUAGUCAAGCGUAUGAUGUUUCUGAGCUUUGAGGAAGUACUUGAGUUUACUCGAGGCUAUGAAGACUCCAUUACUGUUUAUAAAAACAAGCAUUUUGAAGAUAGAAGUGUAGUGAAAAAAUUUACUUCAUACAUGAUUGCCAUUGCGAAUAAUUGUCUUCAGUUUUGUGAGUUUGCUGAUAAACUGAGGCUGAGGUAUUGCAAAGAUUUAAGUACCAUUUCCAGUGCAGCAGAAGACUUGUUUUGCAAGACUAUUGAUGCUUUUCUCAAAUUAAUAUUAGUUGUCUUAAAAUAUUUAAGAGAGGAAUUAUUUUUGGACCUCAGUAGUAAUCUGAAUGGAGUAAUGACUCGUACAUGGUUUUUGUCUGGCAUAGAAAUUGUAGACACCAUCCGUGCUACAUUAGAAGAUUAUGGAAGUGAUUAUACUCAUCUCCUGCCUGAAAAUUUUAAUUUGUUAAUUAAUGAUGUCAUGAAUCGUGUAGCAGUUAAUUACAUUAAUUCUGUUCUCCAGAGGAGGAUGAAUUUUAAAACGUAUGAGGAAAGAAAAGAGGCUGCUGAGAAAAUGUGUGAAGAGGGAAAAGUAUUUCAGCAACUUUUUCAAAGAGCUCCUUUUAACAAAAGACUGAAUUCUAUUUUGAAAAAACGAACUUAUUAUGAUGGAAAAGUUAUACUUGAAAAUGUUUUAAAAAAGUAUGGUCCAGUUGAUGCUCCUGCAAAUUCACCUUUUGAAGCUUUGAACUUGCUUGGAGAAGUGUUAAAACUGAAAGACAUCAGUAUGCUGUCCUUGGAAAUUUCGGGCGUGAUUCGUCAUUACCCUGAUAUAUCUUUAGAACAACUUGUAUGCUUGAUUUUGCUUCGUGGUGAUGUUAGUAAAAGUGAAGCCAGACAACUUGUGUUUGACAUAAUGGCUGAGAUUGGUUCCCAGCAUAAGGAAAGAACUAUAUUUUCUGAUGUAGUUGUAUCUUUAUAAAAUAAAGUGUUGCAACUUAAGAUCCACAAGAAUAUAUAUUAUAGUGUAAUUUUGAAGCUGAAGCAGCAUAUGAAAUAUUUAUGUUUAUUUAUUGUUAUUAAUAUAAAUGAGUAUUUUUAUUAUGUGCACAUUUAUCAGAUUAUAAUUGGUGCAGAUAUUUUUAUAUGUUAUUUUGCUGGAAUUUAUUCUGAAAAUACCAUUUGCAAAAACUGUGAUCAAACUUUUGUUGAUUUUGAAAUACGUUAUAAGUUAUUAAUUACAUAUUUUGU